AUGGGUUCGAAAGUAUGGAAAUUUUCAGUGUCCAUAGCUGGCAAGUUACAGCCUAAGGCUUUAGGUCGUGCUGAGUUAAGAUUGCCUUCAACUAAACCUUCACUUCCGAUCCUAACGUUGUACACCAAGGUAACACUAGCUGAAAUUUAUAUAUCAAAAAUUUGUAAGUAUAUUGUAUAAGUUAACAGCACAAUUUUCAAUCCGGGUUUUAGAACUCUGCUUUCCGACUGAAUACGUAAAUAAAUAUAAGGUUUGAGACUGACCUAGCCACCUGUUCAUAGAGGAUUUACUGAAGAGCAGCAGUUAUUCUUAUUCCAGUUGUUUAUUGUCUUUAGCAGGUCUGUCCACUCUGUGAUGAUGCCAAGGCAGUACUAGAAAGUUUCAAGCACAGGGUCUGUUCAUCAAUCAAUCAAUAAAUCAUCAAUCACUCAGUCAGUCAGUGAAUCCCAAUCCUGCUAAGGCUUUUCAAAACCUGACCAACUUUAAGACAGCACUAGUUCAUUUUGCCACUCUGUUUAUAAAGACAUUAUAUUACAACUCUUAUUUGUUUAACCCUGAUUCACUUUGUUUCUGCAUAGAAUUAAAGUAAUUUUUUUAAACUAGCAUCACGAAAUUAUAUUUUUCUGGACCAAAAAAAAAAACUGUUGGUUCCACAAAUGUAGACGACUCAUCCCCAGCCCUGCACUAGGCCCAAGAGUGCCAUUUGCUAAAAGGAGUCUCACUUGCUCUGUAAGGGCUGACUUCUGUUAUUCAGUUCCUCUUCUUUUAAAAAAUUUGCUAAUGUUUGGUUAAAACUGGUCACUGUUUUUUUGUUUUCAGUUUCAUUUUGAGCAAGUGGAUAUCACAGAAAAGGGCAAUGAAGCAUGGUUCUCAAAGUAUAAAUAUGAAAUUCCAGUGUUUCACUUAAAUGGAACAUUUUUGAUGAAGCACAGAGUGAAUGAGGAAUUACUUGAGAAGGAGCUGAGAAAGUGUGAGGACAAUCAAGAUGCUACAUGAAUGAGCAAUAUUAAUUUUUACAUUAAAAUGUAUAUGGUCGUCUGAGUGUACCUGCAAGUGCCAUGCCGUAAUGAAUUUAGGAAAGAAUUGUAAAUUAAGCCUCUAUUAAAUGGUCACUUCUAUCAAGCCACUGCAACCUAUGACCAUUUGGCCAUCCAGCUGAGAGUUCUCUUAUUGUUAUCACCUCUGUUAAGCAGCCAUCAAGUUCUUGAAACACUUAGUUAACCUUUGGCUUCAUUUCAAAAACGUGUUGAAGAAAAGUACAGUCUGAGAUAUGAAGGUGAC